AUGCCUUCCAAAAAUUCUAUCAAUAGACCUAAAUUAACGGUCAAUUUAAAUAAGAAAUCUCAAAGAUUGGGUCAAAAAAGAGCUGAUCGUGAAAGAAAGGGGUUAUUACAACCUGAAAGAUCCAGUGAAGCAUCUAAAUCUGGUGAAAUCAAGAGUGUUCCAUUAGAUUUAUACUUUAACGGUAAAGAAAGCAAUAACAAUAGCAGCAUUACAACCAAGACAUUGUCUAAAAAAAGAGCUAAAAAGAUUGAAAGAAACUUGAAAUAUGCACAACAAAGAAAGUUGUUAGUUGAUGUUCAAGCCAAGGAAGAUAUUGAUAUGAACGUUGAAUCUAACAAGACUAAAGGUAAUGGCAAAGAAAAGACACCAUUGACCAAGAUGAAAGAUGCUCUUUGGAAUGUUAUUGAAGAUACUUCAUCUCAAGGUUUAACAUUAAAAACAGGUCAAGGUACUACCCUAGGUGGUCCAACUUUUUAA